GUUUUUAAAAAGUCUCCAGCGCCUGAAUGUCACGAUCACACGAGCCAAGUACAGCCUCUUUAUCCUCGGACAGCUGAAAACGCUCAUGGAGAACAGAGACUGGAAUGAGUUGAUUCAGGAUGCUCAGAGACGAGGCACGAUUGUCAAGACCAGCCGUGACAGCUAUAAGAAAGAUGCUGCAAAAAUCCUGAAGCUCAGGCCGGUGCCCCAGAGGACCCGCUCCUUGCCCGGUGCGGCCGUGCCAGGGAGAACGCUGCAAGGGCCAGCGGGCCCAGUCGGCAGUGAGCAGAAAGAAGACUCCAGCCGGAAAGACGGCGGUGCCCGGCAACUCCCGGUUGGUGCCAGCACAUCGGCAGAAGUCAGCCAUCGGCCCCUGUCUCACGUCACCUCCAAGCAGCCAGCCCUGCCUCACCAGACGAUGUCUGCCCAGGAGAGGCCACAAGACCCACGGCUGGCACGGAGGGCCCCGGCCAAGCUGGCCUGCAUGGAAAACGGAAAUUCUGCCCCGAGUGGUUCAGGGGUGGCAUUGCCACAGGGCCUUGCUGCUGCUCCCAGGCAAAGAAAUUGCAGCAACAGCAUCCAGGCAGUAGCCUCUAAGACAGAAAUGUCUGGGAAACCUGGCGCUGCCAGAGAGGCAACGGGACUGGGCGCAGGAGAGCAACGUAACCAGCCAGAGUGGAAGAAAGGCCAGCCGGACUCCGGCUCCAGGAGCAGGAAGGCUUCCGGAGAGGGCCUGGAGACCGAAAGCCCGGCGGCUGCCAAGAGGAGGAGGACCACCUACUAGCUCCCCAGUGUCUCCUCUGCAAGAUCCGCGGGGAUUCUGCGGCUGGGGGGAGGGGGCGUCAUUCCUCCCUCUUCCCGCAGCCCGCAAGCUCUGCUCCCGUCUGUAAGAUAAUGCCCUUUGGCUUGCUUUCGUGCAGGGAAGAUAGGCAGGCGCUCCUGAUAUGAAUGGCAGCCAUGGGUCUGAAAAGCCCACACUGUAAAUGUUUGAAGCCAUGUAUAUUUGUAUAGCAUACAGAAAUGAUUUUGGGGCUGGAAUGGAUUGGGUGGUGGCCAUGGCCGAAGCUCUUGCCCGUGAGGACUUGUGGGGAGGCACGGCCCCUCCACGGCCCCCGGAACAGCCGCGUAAGCGUCGGGCUCCGCCUUUGGCUGCCGUCCUGCGCACCUCAGCCCUGAGGUCUCACCUCUCGAGCAUGGGGCUGGUUUGCUUGCCUGCCUUUUGAUCCUUUUUGAUACUUCGGUCACAGUGUAUUUAAAUUUAGGAAGGAGCCACACAGCCCACGCUCAGGAAGUUUCUGCAGCAGGGAACUUUCACAGAAGUGCCUCUUUUUUAAGUUGUUGCUGAAAUCCAGUUGAUCUGUGUGCACCUGGUGGGAAACUCCCAAGCGACAAUGAAUGUUGAGCAGAUAGCAUGUCCUGCUGGGUUGGGUGCCCUUGACAGCCCUUUUUCAUUGUGGUGGUGGGGGGUUAUUUUUGGUUCCUCUGUUUUUGUAAAUUGCUAAGCAUUGGGCCUUCGCCUCUGAGCGUGGCUGUGUGGUUUCUGGCUGUUGCAAAUGCCAGGGUGCAUGCCUGGAUUCCCACCCAGGUGACCCAGCCCACCACAAGGGGACUGAAAUGUCACUCCCGGUCUGCCGCUAUUCACUGCUCCUGACUGGGCACUUCGAGGGCCAGCCCUGAGAUCGCAGCCCCUCCCACCCACCCCCCGAGGCCAUGCUGACAUCGAAGCCCUGCCUGCCUCACACUCUAACGUGACUCUGGACAGGAUUUUAAAUGACUAAUUCCAAGUAAUACUUGCUUCCUCUACGCAGAGCACGUGGAGGCGAAAAGGCGAAGUCAUUAACGUGUUGGAGAGCUGUUACUUUUGCUGUGUAAUAACCUCUGUGUAAAUAAAUGGCAGUGACGUAUUUUUAAGAGACCCAAGCAGAUGAAAUACAUAAAUACAGCAGAA